AUGUCGGGAUCAUUUCCGAUGAACGGUGGAGAUGGCAUCUACAGCUACACCAAGAACUCCGAAUAUCAGAGAGAAGCUUCAAACAAUGUAAAAGAAAUGAUCGACAUGACAAUUGUUGAGAAGCUUGAUGUAAAACACUUGACUUUUGCUUCAAGAUCAAUUCAUCUUGCAGACUUGGGAUGUUCAGUUGGACCAAAUACUUUUAUUGCCAUGCAAAAUGUAAUGGCAGCUAUGGAAAAGAAAUACUAUGCUCAAAGUCUUCCUUCUGAAGACCUUGAAUUUCAAGUGUUUUUCAAUGAUCAUAUUUCCAAUGAUUUCAAUACCCUCUUUGCCUCCCUCCCUGUCGAUAGAAAAUAUUUUGGCGUUGGAGUUCCGGGGUCUUUCUAUGAUCGGUUAUUUCCCUCUUCGUCUCUCCAUUUUGUGCACUCAUCUUAUGCACUGCACUGGCUCUCUAAGGUGCCAGAGAAGUUGCUAGAUAAAAACUCUUCAACUUGGAAUAAGGGAAAGAUUCACUACACAGGUGCCUCAGAUGAAGUAAUGAAAGCUUAUGCAGCUCAAUUUGAAAGCGACAUGGAGAAUUUUUUGGAUGCUAGAGCUAAAGAAAUUGUUGUUGGUGGAAUGAUGGUACUCAUCAUGCAAAGUCUCCCGGAUAAUAUUGAUCACUCUAAGACCCCAACUGGUGUGAUCUUUAAAUUUGUUGAAGAUGGCCUUAUGGAUAUGGUAAAUGCGGGAAUUAUCAGUGAACCUCAAGUCGACAUGUUCAACUUGCCUGUUUAUUCUGCCUCCGCUAAAGAGAUGACUAGGCUGAUAGAAAGUAAUGGGUGUUUUAGCAUCGAGAAAAUGGAGUUGAUAGACCCUAGGUCGAAGGAUGCCCCAAUCAAUGCCCAAGCUGUGAUAAUGCACGUAAGAGCUGCCAUGGAAGGAGUUAUUGUGAAACACUUUGGACGUGACAUUGUCGAUGACCUAUUUGAACACAUAUCUCAGAAAUGCAUGGAGGAUUUCCACCUAAUGGAGUCCAGCAACAUGAAAGGGACACAACUAUUUAUUGUUUUGAAGCGAAAAUGAUGUGAGUUCACUAUUUCAAUGUUACUUAGAUAUAAUACUUCUUCAUGAUGAACAAAAUAACAUUGUAUCACUGAAAUCCUCUAGAUAAGUAAAAUAUUAUCG